AGAAGACAGACUUUCCUGGAUGGACCCAGCCAUGGCAGCAUAGCUCAGCGUUUCAGACGACAGCUCAGGACGCUGGACUCGCGAGUGCCAGACGCUUGCUAAGCCGGUGGUUUAUUGCCCAAAGCAAAGGGAGAAUGUGGCGGAUUGUUUUCUUUACCCUGAGCUGUGAUCUUGUCGUGGCCACAGCCUACAGCAACUUUCGGAAGAGCAUGGACAGCGUGGGGAGGAAGCAGUACCAGGUCCAGCACGGCUCUUGCAGCUACACGUUCCUACUGCCCGAGACGGACAACUGCCGCUCUUCCUCCAGCCCCUACGUGUCCAACGCCGUGCAGAGGGACGCGCCCCUCGACUAUGACGACUCAGUGCACAGGCUGCAAGUGCUGGAGAGCAUCAUGGAGAACAACACGCAGUGGCUGAUGAAGCUGGAGAACUACGUCCAGGACAAUAUGAAGAAGGAGAUGGCGGAGAUGCGGCAGCAUGCGGUGCAGAACCAGACGGCGCUGAUGGUAGAGAUAGGCACCAGCCUGCUCAACCAGACAGCCGCGCAGACGCGGAAGCUGACAGACGUGGAAGCCCAAGUAUUAAACCAGACAACAAGACUUGAGCUUCAGCUUCUAGAACACUCCCUGUCGACAAACAAACUGGAAAAACAGAUUUUGGAUCAGACCACUGAAAUAAAUAAACUGCAAGACAAAAACAGUUUCCUAGAAAAGAAAGUGCUGGACAUGGAAGACAAGCACAUCGUCCAGCUGCAGUCCAUCAAAGCAGAGAAGGACCAGCUCCAGGUGUUGGUGUCCAGGCAGAAUUCCAUCAUCGAAGAGCUCGAGCGGCAGCUAGUGACGGCCACGGUCAACAACUCGGCCCUUCAGAAGCAGCAGCACGAUCUCACCGAGACGGUCCACAGCCUGCUGACCAUGAUAGCAACCUCCACCUCAGCUAAGAACUCCCUCGGGACUAAGGAGGAGCAGGUUACAUUCAGGGACUGUGCAGAGGUGUUCCGAUCGGGACUGACCACCAGCGGCGUCUACACAUUAACGUUCCCUAACUCCACGGAAGAGACGAAGGCCUACUGUGACAUGGAGACGGGCGGCGGCGGAUGGACAACCAUACAGCGGCGGGAAGAUGGCAGUGUGGAUUUCCAGAGGACGUGGAAAGAAUAUAAAACGGGAUUUGGUAACCCUUCAGGAGAACACUGGCUGGGAAAUGAGUUUGUUUCCCAGCUGACUAAUCAGCAACGCUAUGUGCUUAAAAUCCACCUGAAGGACUGGGAAGGGAACGAAGCUUACUCACUGUAUGAACACUUCUACCUCUCAAGCGAGGAAUUUAACUACAGGAUUCACCUUAAAGGACUCACAGGGACUGCCGGCAAAAUCAGCAGCAUUAGCCAACCAGGAAAUGAUUUUAGCACAAAGGAUGCAGACAACGACAAAUGCAUCUGCAAAUGCUCACAGAUGCUCACAGGAGGCUGGUGGUUUGAUGCAUGUGGUCCUUCCAACUUGAACGGAAUGUACUAUCCACAAAGGCAGAACACAAAUAAGUUCAAUGGUAUUAAAUGGUACUACUGGAAAGGGUCAGGCUACUCGCUCAAAGCCACAACCAUGAUGAUCCGACCUGCAGACUUCUAAACGCCUGCA